GGCGCCGUUGAUGGGGGCUGGAGGGGACGAGGGAGAGACGGAGCCUGUCGUAGAUCCCUGCAGCGUCGACGCGCGUGACGCGGAGCGCUGGGAGGCGCCGGCGACGACCGUGCACUCUGGCAAUGGUGAAGAUGUUGCUGCGGAUGAUGACUCCUGGUGUGAUGCCUCAGAUUCUCCAGGAUGUGAUUCCAGCUUGCACAGAGAAUGGACCCACAGACAGGACCACUUUCAUAAGAUGGGCUAUAGGGAUGGUGUAACAGAAGGGCAGAAGGAUGUUGCCCAAGAGGGGUUCAACCUUGGGCAUAGGCAAUCUGCGCAUGUUGGAUACAAGUGGGGUCUCGUUCGGGGGAUUACUAGUGCAUUAGCUAGUCUUUCCGACAGUCUAAAAGAAAAGUUGCUGCUUGACCCCCAGCGUAGAGGAAAACUUGAAGAUUUGCACAACUCCGUGAAAGAAAUUUCAGCACUGGGUGCGCUGCAGCUGUUUCAUGAGAGUACUCUUCAGGAUAAUCGUCGACCAGAGGAAAGCGAGCUCCAAACAAUUACGAAGGACCUUCUACUGUUGUUGCACGAAUGCCCAGAUGUUCAUGUUAGUGAAGAGUUGAAACGAGUUCCAUGAGCAAGGUCAUACAUGAAACUGCAGGCACCACUGAUAUCGAAGUCCGGUAGAAUCACUUGGACCGAGUCUUCUGAAGGAUGGAGUAAUUGUAAAUCCUCUGAUAAUAAGACUUUCAUAUAUCGAUGAAAUCUUUGGUUACCUGAGAGAGUGUGAGUUGGCUUGGAUAGCAGUUCAGCUCUGUAUUAGUAUUAACUUAAUCUACCAUGACAUGCUGUGGUUUUUAUUUGUGCAGCUGGAACAGUCUCCGCUGAUCUUAGACUGAUGAGACAUUCAGAUAUCUUUGUUAUUAUCAUCUUUGACUUGA